AUGGCCCUCUCACCCACGGGGACCCUGAGUGUGGAGACCCUGGACCGCUCAGACCCUGACCCGCUGGACGAGGGGCCCUGGCAGGCCACCUGUGAAAUCCUCCUGGAGCCGGAUGCAGAGCACAGCACAGACGUCAUCUUGGUGGGCUCCAGCGAGCUGUCAGCACCGGCUUCCCCCGGGCCCCGCAGAGAUCUUCUUGCCUAUGAAGUCAAGGUUAACCAGAGAGACAUAGAAGACGUGUGCAUCUGCUGCGGGAGCCUCCGGGUGCACACGCAGCACCCUCUGUUUGAGGGGGGCAUGUGCGCUCCGUGCAAGGACAAGUUUCUGGACUGUCUCUUCCUGUAUGACGACGACGGGUACCAGUCCUACUGCUCCAUCUGCUGUGCGGGAGAGACGCUGCUCAUCUGCGAAAACCCCGACUGCACCCGGCCUUCUCUGAUGAUGAAACUAAGGCUUUUCCGCGAAUGCGCUUGCCUCAUUUUCCCCUCUGAGGGCAUGCUCCUCCAGACGGUCUGGUUCUGGAAAAUGACCGUGGUCUGGCAGCCAGGCCUGAGGCAUUUGCCGCAGGAGAAUCCCCUGGAGACGUAUAAAACGGUGCCCGUGUGGAAGAGAGAGCCAGUCCGGGUGCUGUCCCUCUUUGGGGACAUCAGGAGAGAGCUCAUGAGUUUGGGCUUCUUGGAGAGUGGUUCUGCCCCAGGACGACUGAAGCACUUGGAUGAUGUCACGGAUGUCGUGCGGAAGGACGUGGAAGGAUGGGGCCCGUUCGACCUCGUGUACGGCUCCACACCCCCCAUCGGCCACGCCUGUGACCACCCUCCAGUGUGGUACUUGCUCCAGUUUCACCGCAUCCUGCAGUACGCGAGGCCCAGGCCAGGCAGCCAGCAGCCCUUCUUCUGGAUGUUCGUGGACAAUCUGGUGCUGAGCCAAGAUGACCAGACGGCAGCCACCCGCUUCCUGGAGGCCGACCCCGUGACCAUCCAGGACGUCUGUGGCCGGGCCGUCCGGAACACCGUGCACGUGUGGAGCAACAUCCCAGCUGUGAGAAGCAGGCACUCCGCCCUGGCUUUGUGCGAGGAACUGUCGCUGCUGGCUCAGGACAGGCAGAGAACAAAGCCCCCCGCCCAGGGGCCAGCCCAGCUGGUGAAGAAUUGUUUUCUCCCCCUGCGAGAAUAUUUCAAGUAUUUUUCAACAGAACUCACUUCCUCUUUAUAAAUGAUUUAUUUUACUAUGAAGAUAAAAGACUUCCUAGAACCAGG